AUAAACGCGCGCGUGGAAAAUGUAACGCCUCGUUAUGCAAACAUCCAGAGCAUAGAUUCAGUUCGGUGUGAAGAAUCACAUGAUACGGUUGGCUUUUCUCGCUAGUUCUGCUCACGCUUAUUGUGUUCGAAGUGCUACUCAAGUGGUGGAAGUUUGCCCCAUUGACAAGUCAUGGUUACGAGCCGAUCUACGUCGUUUGACCGCAGUCGUUGUCUUGACGAGUUGUUGGCAGCAUAAUGCAAUUUUAACGUGACACACUGAGAGAGAGCUCAACGUCGUUGACCGAAGGCGGAUUUGUGAAUGAAAUUCUUAUGAAUUAUUAAUGAUUCUUUCGUGGGUAGUGAACCAGGAACCGGCUGUAGACUGCUGGGGAAUGGAGUUUGAAGAUUAGUGCGCUUUAUGUUGAGUGUUUUUCCGCAUUUAAAAUCUAUGUAAGGGCCAACCUUGGGGAAAAUGUGCAUGAUGAAGAGUUGGGCAACUCAACUCAACGGUGUCACAUGCAAAAGUAGUGUGUUUUAAAAUCUCUUGAAUUUUUAAUUUCAACCAGUUUCAACGGAUUCAGCCCGGAUGCUGCUGACCCACUUUAAACGAAAGUGAUUUUGCACCCACAGCAACAGUCAAAAGUCAAUAUAUCGAUUACCGCUAACAAGUGGCGAAGCCUAUGCAUAAAAUAUAAGAUAUUCCCGCGACAACCAUCGGCAUUCCCAACGGUGUAUUCGAGUGUCAAAAGGAUAAUAAUAAUACGUGGGACCGUUAUCCGGAGUGUUUAAUCGCAAACCGGAAGGAAUAGGCGACAUCAAGAGUAUUGGAAGGUGCGGUGGGUGGUUCGGUUGGCGUUUCGAGGAUGGAAAUGAAUCUAACGAGUGGUUCCUGUGCUGACACAAGCACAUCUGCCACAGAGCUCAUAUCACGAAGAGGAGUUUUCUCAAGACGUCACUAUGGAUCUGUCGAUCAGCUUCCGCAGUCGGAAAUCGACGGGCUGGACCCGAACUGUCGACGGUUUCGGCUGGAGAAUGGCGAAUCACUGGCGGAGAAGGAUGAGGUUUUCGGUUCACCAAGCACACCCAUUCUGGAAAAUCCCGAGCAUCAAACGAGAUGGUACUUCAAGUAUUUUCUAGGAAAACUUCACCAGAACUACGUGGGAAUAGAUUCGGAGAAAAACCCAUAUUUUUUAUCCAUCGUCUCGCAGGACUCCGGUAGCAAAUGUAUGCCCCUGUACAGGGUAAUGGUGUUCCGGAAGCAGGGUGCCCAAAAGCUUGCCCUGCCGUACAACCCCCAGCAGAAAUUGACGGUCAAGCAGAUUCUGUCCAAUUUUGCACUAAUGGAUGCAAGCAAAUCUCCCAAGGAGGUUUUUUCGGCCGACAUCCAGAAGGAUUUGCUGCUGCUGGAGGAGCAGGAGGGUUCGGUGAACUUCAAGUUCGGCGUCGUCUACAUGAAGGCUGGCCAGAAGAUGGACGACGAGAUGCUGAGCAAUGAAUACGGGAGCGCUGACUUUGACGAAUUUCUGACUCUACUGGGAGAGAAAGUGCGACUGAAGGAUUGGGAACGAUACCGCGGAGGGUUGGACGUGAAAGGUGACAUGACAGGAAAAUAUUCAAUCUACACUUUGUACGAAGGCCACGAGAUUAUGUUCCACGUAUCAACGCUGCUACCAUUCAGCCGUGAUAAUCGGCAGCAGGUGGAACGCAAACGACACAUCGGAAACGACAUCGUCAAUAUCAUCUUCGUGGACGAGGGCCCGAACGGCGAGGAGCCGGAGUUCAAUCCGAACAACAUUAAAAGUCAAUUUACACAUGUGUUUGCCGUCGUUACGAAGCGAAGUCGAAGGUAUCGUAUCUCUGUAUACUGUGAUGAAACUGUCCCACCAUUUGGACCAACGCUGCCCAAUCCUCCAGAGUUCGAAGAUCCUGCAGUAUUUCGUGACUUCUUGCUAGUGAAAUUGAUCAAUGGCGAAAAAGCGACCUUCCAGACGCCAACGUUUGCCAGGAAGCGAGAACGAACGCUGGAGAUGCUCAUCAAGGACCUGUACGAGGAAUAUGUGCAUGACAAUAAGGUGAACAUGCUAAACCGGCGGGCUUUCUCGGAAGUGUUGUACGAUGCCCCUCGAACAUCCAAGUUGAAGGAAGAUGCCCGUCAGGUGGAGUUUGUCCGCAUCGGACAGGCCCUCAAGCUGGAAGCCAUCGUCCGCGGAGAUGCCCCGACGAGUAUAGCAUCGGCGGGUACCGUCUUCAAGCGGCCACCCUGGGAACCGCAAUGUUUCUAUCCGAGCUUUCAACCAAGAAACGAUCUGGUGGGUGAUAGUUGGGGUCAGGAUCAGCUCUUUUUGGCCUCAGACGAAGGCACAUAUCUAAUCAAGGAGGACCAAACGCAUAGGAUUGUAUUCGAUAGAACGUUAGCAGUGAAGCAGCUUAGUGUCAUUGAGGAUCACGGGAUCAUGCUGGUGCGGGGAGGAUCAGCCCUGCAGAAGGAUGGCCACAGGGUGCACGUUUUUAGGUUGAACGAGUUCAACGAAGAUCGGUUAGGACAGAGAUCCAGGAUUGAUGUUAAGGAUCGUCGGAUAGACAAAACUCGAGGUUGUCAUCUUUUUGCCAUAUCAAGAGCAGGAGAGGCUCAUCUCCGGAUGGCCGUUGCAGUCGGAAGGAAACUGUUGAUAUUCCAGUGGAAGCAUACAGCGGCAUGGACUUCUUGGUGUCCCAAUAGUGAUAAUGACACCGUUGAUGGUUUCAUAUUCCUGAAAGAAAUAACACUACACGAUUCCCCGAUGAUCAUGACGAUACUGGAAGGCUCGUGUCCAAACUCAGGACUACUGAUUUGUGUUGGAUAUAAGUACAGCUUUGAAAUCGUUUCGGAAGCGACUGGCCAUGCAACAAAGUUACAUGAGGCAGAUACUAGAAAACAAACAGCAGUUCAUUUAGUUGCUGCUUUGGAUCUGUACGAUGGGCAAGAUACAGAAUUGUUGCUCUGUUAUAACCAUACAUGCCACUUUCAAAAACUGUCAGAAGAAUGUUCUAGUAGUUCAGAGUUUGAUUUCCAAUUCAAUACGCCCCCAACGUCAGUUGUCUGCGCUUUCCCAUACAUCAUAGCAUUUACACCAGAUUCAAUGGAAAUUCGACUUCUUGUAAAUGGAAAUUUAGUGCAUACGGUUAUGAUGGCUGAGCUUCAACUUAUUACUUCGAAAAAGGACAUCUAUUUUGUAACCACCGCUCCAGAAUUCAUCCCCAAGGGUGCCAAACUACGUGGUCCGGACUCCGAAGACCACGAGCUAAUAAAACCACGAAUUGAAGAAAGUCGAGUAGUUCCGGAUGACGACAGCUCGACUAGUCCUGGUAGGAGCCGACUCAGUUCGGACGAAGAAAACAAUGGUGCGCAAAGUUUAGAUGGCCAAGAUAGCGGCUCCACAGAUAGCAAGAACUCAGAACUAACUGCACCACAGAUUCAACGUGCAAAAUCAUUGCAAACGUCGAAGCCCGAAGGGGACAAACCUAAAGAGAGUACACUCUCAGCCGAUGAUAUAAAACGACCGAUGUCGAAAAGCAAUUCCUACGGCGAAGCUGGUUCUUCGUUCUCGAUACCGACGACCACGUGCAGUAAAGAUUUAGCCAAGCAUUUCGGUGCUCAACCACAGCCUAAUACGAAGAAUCUUUGCAAGCACUUUGGAGAACCGUCGGUUCCACCAAACUCACCACAAAACAAUACGAUCAUCAAAGGUAGCUCACCCAGCUCUCCAACCCGGAAAUCAUUCAUCAGGCAGCCAACUCUGAACCUGAACAAAGCACAACCAAACGACAGCGAAACGUCUCCUUCCAAUGGAAGUUCGAACAAACCCCUGCGAAUCUACCGAAUUCCAUUGACCAACCUUACUGGAACUCAUAUACAGUCACAUCAUUAUCACUAUCCCAGCACGGAUCCAUCGAAGAAACCUACGGCGAUAGCAACCAAAAUGCAACCAGCCAAACCAAGUGAACCAUCAACAACCCUCUCAUCGUCGCACGAAGAAGAAGAGGAAGCGGAAGGACCCGGAAGAAGCAGUUCUUGCGAAGACGAUGUCAACUCCAAAAUGAGUAUAUUUGAUCAAAUACAGCAAGAUCUACAGGAACUCAGUAUGAAGGACAAAAUCGAAGCAGACAAACGAGAGUCUGAGCUGCGAAGCUCGGUUCUCACGCCACUGUAAACCAAAUAUCAAACCAGGAAACUCCUUUCUUACCAAAAUUAAAACCACAGCUCAAGCUUCUACAGCCCUCCAUAUUUUCAGCAUGUAGGUUAUUCUCGGGCCACUUUACACUGACUUAUACCGCACAAAUAUUUCAUUAACAGAACACGUUUUGUCGGAAGACCCGUCGGAAAUCUUAGAAAAAAAGAACCUAUCAUAACUAUAAGCCGAACUCGAGAAAAAUACCACAGUACGUAUUGUUGUCACAAACAAGGUUUCAUUUCGG